UGACAGCUGAUUUCUCUAUGAUUUUGACAAUUGCCAAAUCAGCCAGCCUCUCCCGUCUGCUGAAAAUUGUUAUAAAAUUCCAAUAACAACCAAUUUCUGAAUGAAUACUAAAUAAAACGCUAGUUUAUUGCAUAUGUGGCUGGACUCGAGUUGCUGCAAGCAGACUUGAUCGGCGAUAUGGCCACGUAUGAAGAGUUUAUUCAGCAGAAUGAAGAUAGAGAUGGAAUACGUUUCACGUGGAAUGUGUGGCCCUCGAGUAGAAUCGAGGCUACUAGACUGGUGGUACCACUGGCAUGUUUGUACCAGCCGCUGAAGGAAAGGCCAGAUUUGCCACCAAUUCAGUAUGAACCUGUGUUGUGUACAAGAAAUACAUGCAGAGCAAUCUUGAAUCCUAUGUGCCAGGUGGACUACAGAGCCAAAUUAUGGUCCUGCAACUUCUGUUUCCAAAGGAACCCUUUCCCUCCGCAAUAUUCGGCGAUUUCGGAGCAGCAUCAGCCUGCGGAGUUGAUCCCCAACUUCUCCACCAUAGAGUACACUAUAACUCGGGCCCAGACGAUGCCUCCCAUCUAUCUCCUCGUUGUGGACACUUGUUUGGAUGAGGAGGAACUCGGAGCCCUGAAGGACUCUCUCCAGACUUCCCUCAGUUUGAUGCCACAGAAUGCUCUUGUUGGAUUGAUCACAUUCGGUCGUAUGGUGCAGAUUCAUGAGCUUGGCACAGAAGGCAUAUCAAAAUGCUACGUCUUCAAAGGCACGAAAGACCUGACAGCGAAACAGAUUCAAGAGCAGUUGGCGAUCGGUCGUGUGAACGCUCCAAACCCACAGCAAAGACCAGGCGCCCCCGCACCGCAGCCACCAGCACACCGCUUCUUGCAACCUGUCAAAACAUGUGAUAUGGCAUUAACUGAUCUGCUUGGCGAACUUGGAAGGGACCCAUGGCCGUUAGGCGUAGGAAAGAGACCGCUACGUAGCAGUGGAGUUGCUCUCUCUUUGGCAGUUGGUCUCCUUGAAGUGACUUACCCUAACACUGGUGGUAGAAUCAUGCUGUUCCUCGGAGGACCGUGCUCCCAGGGCCCAGGUCAGGUGGUCAAUGAUGAGCUGAAGCAGCCCAUUCGUUCCCACCACGACAUUCACAAGGACAAUGCUAAGUACAUGAAGAAGGCUAUCAAACAUUAUGAAGCUCUGUCUCUGAGGGCGGCGACCAAUGGCCAUUCGAUUGAUAUUUACUCUUGUGCUUUGGAUCAGACUGGUCUUAUGGAGAUGAAGCAGUGUUGCAAUUCUACUGGUGGUCACAUGGUGAUGGGAGACUCGUUCAAUUCCUCGCUGUUCAAGCAGACAUUCCAGAGAGUCUUCGCCAAAGACCAACGGGGAGACUACAAGAUGGCCUUCAAUGGAACCUUGGAAGUCAAAUGCAGUAGGGAACUUAAAAUAUCGGGAGCGAUCGGUUCGUGCGUGUCGCUGAACGUGAAGGGCCCGUGCGUGUCGGACCAGGAGGUCGGCAUGGGCAACACCUGCCAGUGGAAGAUGUGCACCUUCACGCCCAGCACUACUAUGGCGAUAUUCUUUGAGGUCGUGAACCAACACGCCGCAGUGCCGCAGGGCGGGCGCGGCUGUGUGCAGUUCAUCACGCAGUACCAACACUCCAGCGGACAGCGACGCGUCAGAGUCACCACUAUUGCGCGCAAUUGGGGCGACGCAGCGGUGAGCCUGCACCAUAUAUCUGCAGGCUUCGACCAGGAAGCGGCCGCCGUAGUGAUGGCUCGUCUCGUGGUCUACCGCGCGGAACUAGAGGACGGGCCCGAUGUACUACGCUGGCUCGAUCGGAUGCUUAUCAGAUUGUGUCAGAAGUUCGGUGAAUACGGCAAGGACGACCCGAACAGUUUCCGUUUGUCGGAGAACUUCAGCCUGUACCCGCAGUUCAUGUACCACCUGCGACGCUCACAGUUCCUGCAAGUCUUCAACAACUCUCCUGAUGAAACCACUUUCUAUAGGCACAUGUUGAUGCGCGAGGAUCUAACACAGUCUCUCAUCAUGAUCCAGCCGAUCCUAUACUCGUACAGUUUCGGCGGUCCACCGGAGCCCGUCCUACUCGACACGUCUUCCAUCCAGCCCGACCGCAUCCUACUCAUGGAUACCUUCUUCCAAAUACUUAUUUAUCAUGGAGAGACAAUAGCGCAAUGGCGUGAGCUGCGCUACCAAGACAUGCCUGAGUACGAGAGCUUCGCGCAACUACUGCGGGCGCCCGUCGACGACGCGCAGGAGAUACUGCAGAGCAGGUUCCCCGUACCGCGCUACAUCGACACUGAACACGGUGGCUCACAGGCCCGGUUCCUCUUGUCGAAGGUCAACCCUUCACAGACCCAUAACAACAUGUACGCGUACGGAGGGGCGAUGCCGAUUCCAUCAGCGGUAGUGACUUUUAUUCCUUUUUUUUUAAUUGGUGUUGGCUUUCUAAUUCUGCGAUUUAAUUUGUCUAACAGAUCUGCUUUAGCUACUAAGCAGUUUUUUUCGGUCUACCAGACGAUCACUAGUCUAUUUUAAUUAUUUUUUUGCGGAUUUACUGUAGUAAAUUAUUAUUAUCUAUCAUAUUGAACGUUUAACUUCGAUAUUUAUGCAAAUAAAGUUUUAUUUAUUUUAAAAUAGACUAGUGAUCGUCAUCUUCUGCUUAUCUGCUUCCCUUGCAGGUUUUAAAUUUGAUAACGUGGAAAUGAAAUAUAUAAAAAAAAAAUUACUAUAUACAAAAAUUAAUGUUAUAUCGAACUUCUUUCCUUAUUGUUGUUGGUUGCGUUUAAUGCCUGCCAACGUUUGGACCUCGUAUCGAGCCGGUCAAUAGUUGUCCUACACAUUUUCUUUUUAUUUAAAUUUACAGCGACCCUUCUUUUUUUAAAUGGUUUUAGAACAAUUUCUUUUGCAUGUUUUGUGUGCGUUUUGAUGAAAAAUAAUAGCUUCUCUAUACUAACCAUAGGUUAAGAAUCUCAGGACGCGAAAGAUUAUUUUACUUUAUUUAUUAAUUAUAAAAAUAUUUUUUAAUAAUGUAAGGUGUUACUGUACUAAACGAUGAAAUAGAAUUAUUGAUUAUAAUUUAAUUUGAAAUGGCAAUAUUAUACUUACGUAGGUUAGUAUGGUAACACCUAACAAUAAUUAAUCGAUUAUUUUUCAGCUACGGUGUUACAGGUUAUUUUAAAUUCGAUAGAUAUUUUUUAAUCCUAACGACAAGUACAAUUUGGGUAUAUUACUGGGUCUUUGUUAAAUCUUUGUAGAUACAACCUUCCAAUAAGAUGACCAAUGUUUUAGUUGGUCUUAACAGAUAUGAAUUUAAGGGUAUUCCAAUAUAAUAACAAAUUAAAAUAUUUUUCCUAUAUUCCGGUGGUGGUAUUUAUCAUUAAAUUUAGUUAUUCAAACAACCUCUUUCCACAUUAACAGGACGGUGGCGCCCCCGUGCUGACAGACGACGUUUCGCUGCAAGUGUUUAUGGAACAUUUGAAGAAACUGGCUGUAUCGUCCACAGCCUAAAAACAAUAUGGAGUCUCACUUGCUUCAGAACUGAUUGCUAUUAGGUUCAAAGUCCUUUAUGCAUGUUUUAAGUUGUGUGCGAUUCCGCUGAGUGAAAGAACGCAAUAAUCAAGCGAAAAUAGACUUUAUGUACAGUGCAAUAACAGUUUACAUGGAAAGUAUAUUUUGCUUACAAGGCGGGGAAAUCGUGCAUGAAUUUGUCUGACUUUUAUAGUGUUAUGUAUCUAUCAUAAAGUUAUAUUAUGUAUGUACUGAUUGUCCCUUUAGUAGAUAGGGUAUUUGACCCAUUUAUAGUCCGGUUGCAUACUCGAAUAUACUAGGGAUAUGCUUGAUGAUAAAAUUACUGAACUUUUACCAUCACAGUAUUAUAUUCGAAGCCAGAGUACUUUGGACCUUAUCAUCUGGAGUUUCAGUCUUUUAUCUUAUGAUUUAGUAUAUAAUCUAAUGUUUAAAGUCUGCAUGUGUGUGAAGUCUAAUAGUAUCAGUUCUGAAAAUUAUAAUACGUCGCGUGGUUAUCCAAAUUGUUUUUCCAAUUAAGUUAAAAAUAAUUUUCUACUAUACAAUGUAAAUUAUAUGAAAUUAAAAUGUUUAUGAAAUU